AUGUCACCCGACACUUUCUACGCGGUGGCGAGUACUGUGGAAGUGUACGCCACACGGGGCUCGUGCGAGCGUGGCUGGCGCAUUGACGCCAAGGAGUGCGAUGCCCCACCCAAUAGGCUGAAUGGCUUCCCAUUUGCCACGGAAGAGGGUGUGGGUGUACAUCUCUCGUGCAGCAAAGGAGAAUUCACCGUCUCGGCGGAUGUAAGUUCAAACCCAAAGGCGACAUGGCGGGACUUUCUUCCCAGCGUUUCCUGGACAAGGUCGGUGCGGGGUCAGCAGCAUGCAUUUCUCCUGCGCCUGGCAACGACGCCGCUGGUUUCCUACGCAUUGUGUCAUCCGCAGUUUACCUGCUCCUCCGAGGUGAAGUUUAUGGAUGGCUGCAGAUCCAGAUUCACCGCCUCUACACGGCUUUCUGAGAAGAGCCAGUUGGGAGCAGGCGCGGAGUAUGACCCAAGCCGCAGCGGCCUGAUAGAUUACACGGUUGCCCUCUCACGCGUGGGCUGCUCGUCGGUGUGGGGAGGCGAUUUUGUCCUUCAAUACAACGCCACCCGCGGGGCCGCUGUCCACACCCGCAUUCCAGUUAAACCUCUGCUAAGCGCUGUGGCGCUGGUGGAACGGAAGCGCGUUCUUGUCGGCGUUGAGGCCCGCUCCCCGUGUGGCGCCCAGAUGCUGAUGAACGUCGAUCUUGUGGGCUCCCGCGCCAUGCUGGCCGUCAUUCGCAACCUGGAUGAUAUCUGGAAGCUCACCUUGAAUUACUCCGCACCACUGCCUGGGGGCUCCUCCGCCCCGGCGAGGUUUGGUCUCGUCUUCACCAACCAGGACGUCCCGUAG